GCUUGUUGAGGAGGGAGUGUGAGAGAGAGUCUCUAGAGAGAGAAAAAAGGUAGUUUUAGUGUAGAGAGAGGAGAGAGAGGGAAGAGAGCAAAAUCAUGCAGGGUGGGAGGAAUUUUACCCAGAAUUAAUAUUUUUUUGUAAAAUUGUUGUUGUUGCUUUCGGAAUUGGCACAAUUCGCGCUUGUUUUUUUGGCAGAAAAUAAUGAGUCGAUUAGGGUUUAAAUCAGUGGUUUAUCAUGGAGAUGUGUAUCUAGGGGAGCUGGAAGCAGUUCCAGUGAAGGUUGGGAAUUUCCAGUUCCCCAAUAAUGAGAUUCGAAUUCAUCACAUCUCGCAUAACAGCGAGAGAUGCCAUCCCCUCUCUGUUUUGCAGACGAUUUCAUAUGGCUCUGUUGUAUGCAAACUCGAGCCCUGCUCUAAUGGCAAUAUAAAUCCCAACGAGCAGUCUCCGUUGAUCAAUCUCCACGCUUCAUGCUUCUACGAGCUUAAGACGGCAGUUGUAUUGCUCGGAACUGAGGAAAUUCAUUUAGUGGCAAUGCCUAGCAAGCAGAAGAAAUUUCCAUGUUUUUGGUGCUACUCGGUGCCAUGUGGUUUGUAUAACGCUUGCUUAUGGAUGUUGAAUACCCGUUGUUUAGCGAUAGUAUUUGAUCUAGACGAAACUCUUAUUGUUGCGAACACUAUGAAGUCAUUUGAAGAUAGAAUUGAGGCUUUGGUGGGUUGGAUUGCACGUGAAAGUGACCCUAUUCGGGAAUCUGGGAUGACAGCAGAGAUGAAGAGAUACGUUGAGGAUCGUGCAUUACUGAAGCAGUAUGCCGAGACUGACAGUGUUGUGGAUGGUGGUAAAGCAUAUAAGAUGCAACACGAGGAAGUUCCUCUUCUAUCUGAUGGAGUUCAUCGUGUUGUUCGGCCUGUAGUAAGAUUGCCUGAGAAAAAUAUUGUGCUUACUCGCAUUAAUCCUGAGAAUCGUGAUACCAGUGUGUUGGUCAGGUUACGACCUGCAUGGGAAGAUUUAAAAAAUUAUCUAACUGCAAAAGGCCGGAAAAGAUUUGAAGUUUAUGUUUGUACCAUGGCCGAGAGAGAUUAUGCCCUGGAAAUGUGGCGGCUGCUUGAUCCAGAAGCACACUUAAUUAGCUCAAAGCAGCUACUUGACCGUGUUGUAUGUGUCAGAUCCGGCGCUAGGAAAUCUUUGCUCAAUGUCUUCCAGAAUGGAAAUUGUCAUCCAAAAAUGGCGAUGGUUAUAGAUGACCGGUUGAAGGUGUGGGAGGACAAGGAUCAGCCUCGUGUUCAUGUAGUUCCUGCAUUCACUCCAUAUUAUGCUCCACAGGCUGAGACUGCCAAUGCUGUUCCUGUCCUUUGUGUAGCAAGGAAUGUAGCAUGCAAUGUUAGAGGUGGUUUUUUCAAAGAGUUUGAUGAGAGUGUCUUGAGAAGAAUAUCUGACAUAUUCUAUGAAAAUGAGGUUUUCAACUUACCCUGUGCACCGGACGUGAGCAACUAUCUGAUUUCAGAGGAUGCUAAUUUGAUACCAAAUGGGAAUUUAAAUGCUCCAGUUGCUGAUGGAAUGAAUGGACCUGAAGUUGCACAAAGAUUGCUUUCUGUGGAUGAGAAGAAUGGCACCCAUGCUGUUUCCCUUCCCAUUGCUAAUAACCUUGAGUUGAAGUUUGAAAUCUCAAAGACUCCUGUAAUGUCUGUUGCAAAUGCUACUGCUCCACUUACCAGGGCAAUUUUACCUUCUGAAAAACCUAGUUUGCUUGGUGAUCCAUUUCGAAGAGAUAGCCGGUUUUCAGCUUCAUCUGAACCACCUUUGUUGUCUAGGUUUCCUUGGCAGGCGCCACACCUGCAGCCACAAGGUGGCUGGAUAGCUGAAAAUGAUUCUAGUAGAGGGAAUUUUAGCAAUCGGACCCCAGGAAUAGUUUCAGAAGGUCAACGAGGUCUUCAGAACUCACUCAGUCAUGGUACAUCAUCAUCAGUUCCUCCUGAACUUUCACAUAUAAAUCCAGUGAAAGCCGAAGAGGCUAACUCGGUCUGUGACAGCCUGAAGCAGGGCCCUUUAUUAUCAAAUCAGUUUGCAGAUGUUGCUGUGUCAAACAAUCAACCUCCAACUACUAGUAAAGAGUUAAAAAAUGAAGGUGAUAAAAUGAACCUGUUGCCAUCUAUGUCUAUUAAUGUGCUCCAAGAGAUUGGAAGAAGAUGUAGAUCAAAGGUUGAAUUCAGGCCUGUUGUCAGUACCAGCAAUGAUUUACAGUUCUCAGUAGAGGUAUUCUUUACAGGUGAGAAAAUUGGUGUUGGAAUGGGGAAAACGAGGAAAGAUGCCCAGCAACAGGCUGCAGACAAUGCUCUUCGUAGCUUAGCUGAAAAUUAUAUAUCUUAUAUUGAACCUCAUUCUACCGCUGUGGAUAAUGAUUUUGAUAGACUCAUUUUGGAAAAAGAAAAUGGGUUUCUUUGGGACGUUGCCAAGCCUGGACCAGAAGAACUACCAGUUAGAAAUGGAUUUCCCAAACAAAAUAGCUCUGAAGUGGGGAAUUUUGAGAAUACUUCCCAUGGCUGAUCUGAUUUUUUUUUUUUUUUCUUACGACAUCUGGGAUGCUUGCUUAUGAGCUCUGUGGAUGUACGACAGUAGGAGUUGUGAUUGUCUUUAGAUAAACCACUCCUUUGAAUUUAUACCACUUGGUUUGGGAGCAGAAAACAAAAAAAGCGAGAUUUAUUGCCUUGUUUCUCAGCCGGUUCUCCUCAAUGUUUAACAAUGUGUUCCAUCUUGGAGAUUACUUGACUGGGUCAUGAGCAGUGCUUCCUUAAGUGAGCAAAUCCUCGGAGCAUAAAAGCGUUCCAGUUUUCCCAAGAGAAAUAGCCAUGAGGUUGUGUUCGGUCGGCAGUUUCUCUAUAUCAAACAAGAAGACUGCAUUGAUUACGAGGCAAAUGACAACUACAUGAAGCCCAAAGGGAAACAUGUAAUUUUUCAAAAAUAAUAACCAAAUUAAAGAUUCACACCCACCACAAAGGAAAGUGGAUGUGAAAAAUGUUAUGAUUCGUACAUACUUGUUGAAUGUAGAAGUGAAUUCUAACAGCAUAGUGGCUUUGAGUUUGAAGGACAAUCGUUGGCGGCGACCACUGAAGAGGCCGGGUCUGCAAUUGCGUGCGUGUCUUACUAUUUACGGUGUAUUCUUUUAAUCUUAUUAGUAGUAUGAUUUUAGUAUUAGUAUUCUUAAGAAACAAUCCUUAUAUAUCUUCAUCUAUUCUUUAUCUAUUA